CUCAUAACAUGUAGUAUUAUAUAAAGAUACCUACGAUAGUUUUCAAAAAUAUCCCUAAUAAAACAACACUCCGAUCCAAACAAGAAAGAGCUAGUUUAAGAAUGGUACUUGGAAACUCCUCCAGUCACAAAUCUCAUCACCAUCAACAUCAUAAUCAUCAUCACCGGGACUCGAUGAAGGAGUUCCGAGCUGUCUUUGCAGCCGAAGAACCAAUCCAGGGCUUCGAGUAUGCAGAUAUGAGGAGGUCAAAGAGCGAGAAUAUGGGCACUAGAGAGGUUGCAAAAGCAGAGGAUGUUGACAAAGAAGCUGAGCAAUUCAUCAAGUUUGAGCAUACGAAGUUCAGUAAGUGGAUGACUAAGAGCGCCUAGUCUAUGUGGACGAAGAAUAAAAAGUAAUAAAUGACAAACCAUAAUAUAUAGAUUGUAUUGUAUGAUUUGUGUUUCUUCUUCUGGUUUUUAUUUUUGUUAUGUAACAAAAUGGGUGCUGUUUCCUUUGUCUAGAAAGGUGCAUGGAAAUAAAGACUACAAAUUAGUAUAUUUCAUGAACUCUUGGAUCUUCUAGUUCCACAUAAUUGUUUUUUCCGAUAACAUGCAAAAUCUGGUUUGAAUUGGAAUUGUACUAAUUAUGCUACAAGUUAUGGUCUUAGUUUCACAUUUAAAUGCAAGACUGUCACACUAAUCAUGAAUACAUGAGAUAAAAUGGAAGAUAUAAGAAUACAAUUCUUUCUAAAAU